AUGUGGCUUAUUAGCCAGCGAUGUGUGGUUGUAUACAGUUUUGCUUUCAGGUCAAACGAACGAUAAAAUGCUUCAGUUGGCAGGGGAAUUCAUCGGUUGUUAUCCAUUAUGAUGUUAACACUUGACUGAUUCGUUGCAGCAAGGGUUAAAAACGUAUGCUUAUGAAAAAUCACCAAAUGUAAUUUACUUGCUAGGAUAGUUAGUCAAUUUUUAGAUACACGCCGGUCCUGAACCCUGUUUUCUAAAAUACAAGAAAAUAAUACAGCUUAGCGUCACACAAAUAAAAUAAUAACAAAAGAUUGGACAUCCAUUGGAGAAAACAACCGUCCGUCACUUGAAAUAAUUGGACGGCGCACGCGCGAAUGUCCGCGCGUCAGGUUAGACGGGCAAGUUGGUUGGUCUUUUCCAUGGGAGGCUGGACACUGAACGUUGUUCAUGCUGAUUUCAUUGGACAGUUUGUGCUCCUCUUACUGCAGAGACGGAAGCCUGUUCAAUUCGGUCAAUUUUGAUUCUCGUAACAAUAUAACGUUAGCUUAGCUUACACACAUGGAUCUAAGUGAUGCAGACCAGGGGAGCCUGGCAGAUGUUCACCAUGUGAUAUUGGUGCUGUCAGGGAAAGGAGGGGUGGGAAAGAGCACCAUGACCACAGAGCUGGCCCUAGCACUUCGUCAUGCAGGAAAGAAGGUGGGUAUUUUGGAUAUUGACCUGUGUGGCCCCAGUAUCCCCCGCAUGCUGUGUGUGGGUCAGCCGGAGGUUCACCAGUGUGAUGCUGGCUGGGUGCCUGUCUACGUAGAUUCUAGCAAGAGCCUGGCCCUCAUGUCGAUUGGCUUCCUUCUGGAGAACCCUGAUGAUGCUGUGGUCUGGAGGGGACCCAAGAAAAAUGCUCUAAUUGGUCAGUUUGUGUCGGACGUGGCGUGGGGUGAACUAGACUACCUCCUGGUGGACACGCCCCCUGGAACAUCGGACGAACACAUCUCUGUCGUGGAGAACCUACGCAAACACAAGCUGGACGGAGCGAUCUUGGUCACGACUCCACAAGCUGUUUCCACAGGCGAUGUGAGGCGGGAGGUCACAUUCUGUAAGAAAGUAGGCCUCCCCAUCCUUGGGAUUGUGGAGAACAUGAGUGGCUUUGUGUGCCCUCACUGCUCGGAGUGCAGCAAUAUAUUCUCAAAAGGCGGAGGGGAGGACCUGGCUAAUCUGACGGGAACGCCGUUUUUAGGCUGUGUGCCCCUGGACCCCCAGCUCGGCGCCAGUCUAGAGAGUGGCAAAGAUUUCAUUCAAGCAUUCCCAGAAAGUGCCACCUUUGCUGCCAUCAACACCAUCGCACAAGCCGUCAUGGCCAGUGUAGAGCCUUCCUGAGUAGACCUGUAAAUGCCCUGUUCUUACAAGCGCUCUUUCCCGAUAAAAUAACAUUCGUUUUAAAUGUAAUGUAUAUUGGGUUGGCUCCACUGAGAGUUUAAGGUCUCACAGAAGACCAAAGAUGCUUGUGACAGAAGAGUCAGCCAAGAUAACCGACGCUGCAGUAAAUGAAUCCACCAAUGCAUAAAGCAAUUCAAAAAGUGUCUGUCAUGAUCUUGAUUUUUUAAAAUUUAUGUAUAUAAAUAAAUCAAAAUCAGAGCAA